AUGGACGUUACAGCUAGAACACCUAGCUUAACAGAAACCACAGGGCAUAACGGAAAUGAGAGUACAUCCAACUCCACAUCUGUGUACUUCACUACAGGAACAACUCUUGACAACAAAACGGGCAAUGAAACAGCAGGUGCUGGACUAACUCAUUCAGAAAAAUCUUUGACAAUCAUGUUUAGUGUGGUAUUAGGAGUAAUAGUACUGCUAGUUUUUGGGCAGAUUGUGUACAGAGUGACCAGAAGCAAACAAAGAAGAGUCCAGUAUUCACACCAUCCUCUCUUUAAUGAAAAUACAGGUGAGCAGUUUAUGGUACAAGAUGACACACUUGUGAUUUCAGGAGGACUCUACAAUGGCCCUCAGAUCUACAACUCCACUGUAACUGCGAUAAAUGAUGACCAGCAAACAUUUGUUUACACACCUACACAGUUUCGCUUGGAGUUGUUGAAUGAGGACCCGGGAACAGAGCAAACUUGUAAAGCUUUUACCUUUAAAACCUUUAACAACAUUGAACAAGAGCCUCAGUAAAUCAAUUUUGUAUUUUACCUCAAAGCUACAUCAGCAAUAUUAGGCUGUUACACCUAAAAAGAAUAAGUUUUUAAAAAAUGUUAAUGGUUUAUCUAAAAGGUUUAAACAUUUUUAUUUCAUGCAAAGGACAGUGACUGAAACAAUGCAAACAUAGAACAGUAAUAUUAACAGUAAUAUUAUAGUUUAACACACCACUGAAAUAACUGACUGACACACUCAAUAUCUAACAAUUCAUAUUUUUCAAUAUAUAUUACUCUUCUCUAUAGUAUCUAAUAAACUAUAAGACCAAAAGUAUUGGACACCUGACCAUUAAUUUGUUGGGUCAUCCCAUUUCAAAAACAAUUGACGUUACAAUAAGAAUGACCUCUAUGGGAUCUUUUUAGCUAUAACAACAUCCACUCUUCUGAGAAGUCUUCUUACAAAACUUUAAACUAUGUCUGUGGAAAUUUAUGGAUAUUCAGUCAAAAGAGCAGGUGUAUGGUUGGGCAUUGAUGUUGGUAAAGAAAGCCUCAACUGAUGUUCCAGUUCAUUCCAAACUCUGUGCAGGGCUCUUUGCACUGGAGGCCAUCGGAGUUUCUUUAAACCAAGCUUUUUUUCCAUGUCUUUAUUGGCCUUGCUUGCUUAUUGGCUUGCUUGCUUUGUGCACUGGGGCACAGUCAUGGUGGAACACAAAGGGGCCCUACCUGCUGCUGCUGUGGAAGCAUUUAAUUUCCCUUAUAUAACUGAUUAAUUACACCUGUUAGCAACUGCUGUGGCUAAAACACAUAAAUGUAAUAUUUAGAAUGGGUGUCCCUAUAGUUUUGUCAAUAUAGUGUAUGCUCUUAAAUUACAAUAAACAAUGGAAACCAUCUUUAACCUUGGUGUCUGAUUAAUACCAAGUUGUUUUUAAGCAAAUAUUUUCUCUGUUCCUUUUUUCUUUUUCUUGUCUGAGCUGGUAACGGUAGUCCAGCCUGCAUCCCGCAUUCUUUUCAUAGUUGCCAGUUUUAGUGCUGCUCCUGGAGACUUAUAACCAGCAGAACUCUGCACCUGUAGUGUACAAAUGUGACAAAUUCAAGUUAAUAAAACAUAAAAUGUCUGGAUGUUAAAUCAA